AUGAAUGCAACUAAGUUGAAGUGUGCAAAUCCUUCCAAACAUACCAAAAUUUGUAGCGAACAUUUUAUACCAACAGAUUUUAGAAUAAACCUUGGAGGAUGUUAUCGUCACCAUUUAAAAAAUGAUGCUGCACCUUCAGUGAAAUUGUCACCAUCAAGUAGUUCUUCAUCGCCACCUCAGUUGUCAUCAUCCUGUACUUCUUCAUCACCACCAAAAAAAGUUCCUAGACUUGAAUCAAAUCAGUAUUUAUCACAAUGUAGUUUGUCUUCGUCUACUCCAAACAACCUUCCUUCAUUACCAUUAAUAAAGGAAGAACUCGAGACCAUUAAGAAAGUCUACAUAUUUCGAACUAUUAUUUAG